GUCAAACACUCCGAUCCCGCGAAAGCAGCCUCUUACAUAACAUCAUUAAAGUCAAACAGACCCAGCCAGCCCACAUCUUUGGAAUGGAAUGAAACCUCUUCUUCCCUCUCUCCUAAUUCUCUCUCACUACAUCCAUCCUCGUAAAACAAAACAACCUCUUACCUCCGUUCAAGUUUCACACGUUCUUCCACUAUGUCCUGGUUGAGACACCUCUCCUCCAAGUUCUCCUCCACCACCAUCACAAGCACGCGCCGCUUCACUUCCCUGUCCCGGUUCAGUACCUCGACCGCUCCGGCUCGUCAUGCGGGCCUGGGGCCCACUCAGGCCCAUGAGAAGCCCAGGGUGGUGGUGCUGGGCUCCGGCUGGGCCGGGUGCCGCCUCAUGAAGGGGCUCGACACUGCAAUCUACGACGUCGUUUGCGUGUCCCCUCGCAACCACAUGGUCUUCACGCCUCUCUUGGCCUCCACGUGUGUGGGAACUCUCGAGUUCAGAACCGUGGCCGAACCCAUCGCCAGGAUCCAACCCGCUAUCUCCACAGAACCCGGUUCUUAUUUCUUCCUCGCCAAUUGUACUGCCAUUGAUGCUGAUAACCAUGUGGUGCAUUGUGAGUCUGUAACUGAAGGGGCACAGGCACCAGAUCCUUGGAGGUUUACAGUCUCAUACGAUAAGCUAGUGAUUGCAUUAGGAGCGCAACCUACCACUUUUGGAAUUCACGGAGUCUAUGAGCAUGCAAUUUUUCUUCGUGAAGUUUACCAUGCACAGGAAAUUCGUCGGAAGUUGCUCCUGAACUUGAUGAUGUCUGAUGUUCCAGGGAUUGAAGAAGAGGAAAAACAAAGGCUGUUACACUGUGUGGUUGUGGGAGGUGGUCCCACUGGAGUGGAAUUCAGCGGUGAACUUAGUGAUUUUAUUGUAAGAGAUGUCCGUCAGAGAUAUGCUCAUGUGAAGGACUACAUCCACGUUACUUUAAUUGAGGCCAAUGAGAUAUUGUCUUCCUUUGAUGUCCGACUCAGGCAGUAUGCCACCAAUCAAUUGACAAAGUCAGGAGUUCGACUUGUCCGUGGCAUUGUGAAAGAUGUUGAAGAGAAGAAGAUUAUCCUAAAUGAUGGUACUGAGGUUCCAUAUGGGUUGCUGGUAUGGUCUACUGGAGUUGGUCCAUCAGCUAUUAUUCGCUCUUUGGAUCUUCCUAAAGCUCCUGGUGGAAGGAUUGGCAUUGAUGAGUGGCUUCGUGUUCCUACAGUAGAGGAUAUAUUCUCAAUAGGUGACUGCAGUGGAUUUGUUGAAAGUACUGGAAAAACACCACUACCGGCUUUAGCCCAAGUGGCAGAAAGGCAAGGUAAAUAUUUAGGAAUCUUACUAAACAAAAUAGGUAAAGCCAAUGGAGGCCGUGCAAACAGUGCAAAAGAUGUAGACUUUGGGGAUCAGUUUGUUUACAAGCACAUGGGAAGCAUGGCAUCUAUAGGGAGUUACAAGGCUCUAGUGGACCUCAGACAGAACAAGGAGGGCAAAGGGUUAUCCCUGGCAGGUUUUGUCAGUUGGUUUAUUUGGCGCUCGGCAUAUCUAACUCGAGUCAUCAGCUGGAGGAACAGAUUCUAUGUAGCUAUCAACUGGGCUACUACUCUUGUGUUUGGCCGUGAUAUAAGCAGAAUAUGAAAACUUUUUAGGCUAUUAGUAAAACAAUAAGAUGAUUAAGUGUAUUUAAUUGGAUCAUUUUGGAGAAGCAUGUUUCAAAAGCCUGUAAAUCUCAGAUGAAUUUCAAUAAGCCGAACAGCAAGGAAAUUUACUAGUUCAUGAUAUUGACUAUGCAUUCAAUUUGUUUGAAACAGUGGCAACUUAAAAAAGGUUACUCGGAAGUUAGCUUGAAGGGGAAGGCAAUAAAUUAAAUUUGGCUGCCUUGGCUCUUUUAUAAUAGUGUAUACACGUUAUCAUUCAAUUUGUAGUAUAUUUGAUUGUAUGGCUCUAAAAAACCUAUUUUCAUGUUUAGACGGAUCCCCAAUUGUAUGAUCAAAUUUGACAAUAUAUUGUUAACAAGAUUAUUCUUUGGGUGCA